GUUACAGGCGCGGCACACAGCCCAGAACGACUACAAGAUGGCAUCUACAGCUCUCCCAACUCUUCAAUAUACUCCUGUCGAGGAGAUCCCCUCGCGCGUGAAGAAUGUUCGGGCUACUUUUUUCGAACACAAGACUCGACCUAUUGAGUUCCGUAUCCAACAGCUGCGGAAGCUUUACUGGGCGUAAGUGCUAAACCUCUUGUAUCGGUGGCAGAAGUCUCUCAUCUCUGCCCAGUAUAUUCACCCAUAGUAAGCCCUAGCUGACGCUCUUAUUUGUAUUGAUUAGUAUCAAGGACCGGGAACAGCUGGUGACCGCGGCCCUUAAGCAGGACCUGAACAGACCGGAAUAUGAAGCUUAUGUCGGAGAGAUUGUGUCGACGCUCAACGAUAUCAUAUUCAUUACCAAAAACCUCCCCAAGUGGGCUAAAGACGAAAAAGCUGCUGAUAUCGACCUCACAUUUUCGCUGAUGAAGCCAACCAUUCGAAAGGACCCGUUGGGCUGUGUUCUGAUUAUUGGGUUGGUGCUACGCUCUCUUCCUAACCCAACACUACAUUUGCACAUAUGGCUAAUUAUCCGCAUAGAGCAUUCAAUUUCCCCUUCGUCCUUACUCUUGGUCCACUCCUUGGUGCCAUUGCUGCUGGCAACACGGUUGUGGUUAAGCCAAGUGAGGUUUCACCACACUGCGCUGCCGUGAUCCAGGAAAUCAUUGAAGCUGCUUUGGACCCCACUUGUGUAUCUGUCGUCCAGGGAAGUGUCCCAGAAACUAAAGCGCUGCUUGACGAAAGAUGGGAUAAGAUCUGCUUCACCGGCAGCGCCAGAGUUGGCCGCAUUGUUGCUCAAGCAGCUGCCCCAAAGCUUACGCCUGUCUUGCUUGAGCUAGGUGGGCGUAACCCUGCCUUUGUUACAAAGCGCGCGGACCUGAGACUUGUUGCCAGACGUCUACUAUGGGGAAAGACGUUCAAUGCCGGGCAAAUCUGUAUAUCACAAAACUACAUCCUUGUUGACAGGGAGGUUGUUGAUCAGCUUGUGGUCGAGUUUGAGAGGGCUAUCAAAGAAUACUAUCCAAACGGAGCCAAAGCAUCGCCUGACUACUCCCGUAUUAUCAAUGAGGGUGCUUUCCAGCGCAUCAAGCAGAUGGUCGACAACACCAAGGGGAAGAUCCUUCUUGGUGGAUCCAUGGAUGAGAAGGAGAAAUUCAUCGAACCAACCGUUGUCCUAGUUGACUCUACCGAGGACUCUCUCAUAACCGAGGAGAGCUUUGGGCCAAUUAUCACUCUUCUGCCCGUUUCGAACUUAGACGAGGCGAUUAGAAUUGCAAAUGACGUUGAUGGAACUCCAUUGGCCCUUUAUCCAUUUGGAUCCAAAGAGGAGACCGCAAAAGUCCUCUCUUCAGUUCGUUCAGGCGGUGCUUCUGUGAACGACUCAUACAUGCAUGUUUCUGUUGCAAACCUCCCGUUUGGCGGUGUUGGAGAGAGUGGAACCGGUUGCUACCAUGGCCGUAGCAGUUUCGAUGCCUUUACACACCAACGCUCCAUUACAUCAACUCCUGGCUGGGUCGAGCGUAUCCUCUCUAUCCGUUACCCGCCUUAUAUCGGUAAACUCGGUAAAUACAAAGCCGCCAGUCUCAAGUCUCCUAACUUCAACCGCGCUGGGGAACGAACUUAUGGAUUGCUCGAGUGGAUUACCUGGUUUAUUACCUUUGGAAAGGGGCCAAACAGGUCGGGCGCCGCAAGGGCCACUGCCGCAGCGUUGGGUAAGUAAAUCUUUUAUCAACAUAUUUUCCCGAAUAACUUCUUUCCUUUUCUCUGCUUGCUGUACUAUUAAGAUCCUUGUGUCAUCUGGUCUGGUCUCGAUCUCAUUUUAUCGCCUCUGCAGACACGAAAUCUUCGUGAUACCAUGUGUACGAGGCCAUGCUUGUUCUACAGCGCUUGAUACCCCUUUUAUAUACAUAUUUUAUGAUUCUCCUUGGGUUAUAUAUAUAAGCGAUAUUCUGUUGCAAUAUUUUCUACUCCCUUUAAGCCUAUUCCUAAUAUUUCAGUCUCGCAUCGAUGCUUAGUUAUGAUGGUUGAUAUGCUAACAAAUAUUAACAGUUGCAAUCGCUAUAUACCACUACACCAACCGUGGCCCAAAGCUCUAGACAUGCAUACUCUUCUUCUAAUACG